GCCUCUUUGGGACUUUCCUUCCUGAAAAAGUUGGGCAGUUGUCGACCUCUGGCGUCAAAAUUGAACCAAGAAGAUUCUCCUCUUGCAAUUUGACACUGCUGCCACGUAGCCCGGACUUCCUGAAGGCCAGAAGUUUUCCAGGAGCAUCUCUUUAUCAUCCCCUCUGCUACUUACGAGGAUGUGUUCCAAGAAAUGAAUCCAGACCAGCGCAGCCUGACCGACAUGUGAAUGUAACAGGACAGAAGCAAUGGGUAGCUCCACCCUCCUGUUGGCCAGUGUGGUGUCCAGUCUGGGCGGCCUGGUCUUUGGUUAUGAGUUGGGCAUCAUUUCAGGUGCUUUGCUGCAGCUCAAGGCAGAGUUCAGACUCUCAUGUGUCCAGCAAGAGGCUCUGGUCAGCUCUUUGUUAAUAGGAGCUCUGCUGGCCUCCAUCAUGGGCGGCUGCUUGAUCGACUACCGGGGCCGCAGGAACUCCAUCCUCCUCAGCAAUGUCUUGAUCCUGACCGGCAGCCUGCUCCUGCUCAUCGGCUCCUACUCUGCACUGGUGGUGGGCAGGAUGACAGUGGGCUUCGCCAUGUGUAUAUCCUCCAUGUCCUGCUGCAUCUUUGUGUCUGAGAUGGUUACCCCGGACCGCAGGGGCUUCCUGGUAACACUGUAUGAAGCUGGGAUCACUGUGGGCAUCCUGGCUGCUUAUGCCAUGAACUACCUGCUGUCUGACUCUAAAAGAGGGUGGAAAUGGAUGUUUGGAUUAGCCGUAGUACCAACUAUGAUUCAGCUGGUCUCUAUCUGGUUUCUUCCAUCCAGCACUUCUUUUGAAUCAAGCCAAAGAUAUUUCUCUCAAACUGAAAGAGACAAGAUGAAUACUGUCGGAAACAAGGAAGCAGAUGACUCAAAAGUCAGCAAUAACAACAAGAAGGUUCAGUACAACAGCAUGUCCCUUUUCCAGCGUAAAGACAACAUGAGAACUCGGACCGUGCUUGGCCUCGCACUGGUUCUCUUUCAGCAGUUCACAGGCCAGCCCAAUGUUCUCCUCUACGCCUCCACCAUCUUCCACUCAGUGGGGUUUCAGAGCAACGCCUCGGCAGUGCUGGCGUCUGUGGGCUUGGGGUUAGUCAAAGUGAUUUCUACUCUGACCUCGAUGGUGUUUUCAGACAGGGUGGGCCGGAGGCCUCUGCUCAUCAGUGGGUGCUCUGUCAUGGCGCUGGGUCUGAUAACCAUCGGACUCCUCAGUGGACAUUCAUUGAUGAAUGCUGAAAGGCCUUGUAAUUCUGAGGACAUCAACGUUAACAGAACAGAUCUACCUCAUUUAAUGGUUGGUAAUUGGACACUUUUUAACACGCCUUUAGAUGAGAGCCAAAGACUAGUUAAUAACAACACACAAGAUGAAGAUGAUGUAAUUGAUAAAGUCAGACCGAAACCACCGAACACUCUGGUAUCUUCUCCUAGCGUCACAGCAGUGAACUGGAUCAUUUUCGUGUGUAUGAUGGCUGUCGUCAGUGCAUACUCCUUUGGAUUUGGACCAAUGACCUGGCUUCUCCUGACUGAAAUAUUUCCAGCUGCUAUCAGAGGAAGGGCAUUCGCAUUCACCAACUGCUUCAACUGGGCUGCCAACCUGUUGGUCACAUUCACUUUCUUGAAUUUUAUCGAUGCGAUUGGUCUGUCGGGGAUGUUUCUUUUGUACGGGAUGACCGCUGUGGCAGCUGGAGUUUUCUUCUACUUCAUGCUACCAGAGACUAAAGGGAAGACUCUGGAGGAGAUAGACAAGGAGCUGUGUUUUAUCAAGUUUUACCACAGCGAGGAUUGCUGUAGCAUCAUCAGCCGGCGAAACAUUUCCCCACAGUACCAGAGAGUGCACUGCCAAGUUAGCGCUUCAGGGUGAUUCAUUAUAUGAUAUUACCAUAUUGACAUCAAAAACAUUUUAAGAUCAUAGGCUUUUCUCUGUUGCACUUAAUAUUGGAAUAUGUGUGGUAUCUUUGUGAAACAUGCUAACAAAGUUGCAAAGCAUUUGUAUGUGAUCAUAUGUGUUGUCAUCAUACAAGCUAUCAAACUGAUUAUUUUUGGCAUUUAAAAACUUUAACUACCUACAUAGACCUUCCUUUUGCAACUUUACCAGUUACUGUAGUUUCACAGAGCCGUAAGCUUUUAUAAAGGACAUUAUCUUCAAAAUAAUUAACUUUACACAAUUACCUGUGCAUUUGUUAAACACUUGUCAACUUUUUGUCCCCUUUAGCAAUAAAAUUGUGAAGUACCAUAUUGUUGAUGGGAAACACUACAAAGAAAACAAUGAUCCCUCGAUGUUGUACGGUAUUGCUUCUUCUCAACAUGGCCAUAGUGAAUUUCUUUUUCUGUUGCUUCUAAGUUCCCAUGAGGUGCAGUAAACACAGCAAUAUUAUACUAUAGUUAGCAUCUUUUUUUAUGUUUUGCACAGAGCCCCUGAAAACAACCACUGUUCCUUUACUGGAAUCCUACCUGGGUGAUGAAACGCUUGUUUUGAUGUAAACACAAUAUAAUGUUCAAACUAGAAUUGAGAUCACUUCUUUUGGGAUCUUAAAAAGCACUCUAUAAAUAAAAUGUAUUAUUUUCACAGAGCCCCUCUACCAGACGGACACCAGAUCAAGUAAUAAUGCAGGACACUGAUAAUUUUGUGCUUUACAGGUGCAACAUCUUUAACUAAUUUACAACUUAUCAAAAUGCAACUGACACUGUUAAACUGACUGACUAUUUAGGCCCUUGGGUCUGUGGCCCCAGAGCAGUUGGCUGCUCUACCCUUAACAACUUUCAAACUUCAUUGUGACAUUUACAGUUUCCGUUUUGUCAUG